AUGAUUCGUGGGUCCAAGAAAAUCUUCACCACCAUCAAGUACUCGUUGAUAUCUCUCGUUGUGAUCUUAGUUCUCAUUGCAGGCAAUACCGCUAGACUACUUCAAUCAAGAUUGAGAGAGUAUCGGAUUGAGCUAGCAUUAAGAAGCAAUCAUGAAAGAGAUCCAGUACUAGAGAAGAUGAUCGAUGAGAUUUACUCCGACCGCAGUCAUAUGUUGCAAAAUGUCCCUCAAAGAGGAGUCCAGCAUAAAAUCCCGACCCACUAUGAAAAUCCAGGAUCUGGUAAAAUCCAAGUUUUCGACCCUAGAUUCACAUUAGGCAUAUAUAUAUAUCAUGUUGGUCAGAAGGAAGGAGAUCUCCCUUUCAAUUGGUAUGAUUGGGUUGACUUGACCAUGUUGAAUAAAAUGAUAGUGUCACCGCCAGAGCGUUCGGGUUCCUGCCAUGAUUUUGUAUCUUCCAUUGCAUUCCCAGGAGAUGGAGACACGUUCUGUUCAGAUAAUGUCAAGUCAUCCGACUUGGGUUAUACUAUUAAAUCUCAAGCCCCCUAUAGAUUGAGCGAGGAAAUGACCAAACGUGUAAGUAAAUCGUACCUCUAUACAACUGCCCCGAUUCCUGAUCAAGUAAUAUUCAGCACAAAGAGUGGGGCACUCCAUAGUUUCACUACGAAUGGAACAAAGAAACUUUUAGAUUCAACACUUGUUCGGGAUUAUAUUUCCAAAUCAACAAGAAAGGUAGUUGACGUUCAUCAGGAGUAUGAUAUUUUGACCAAGAAUGAACGUAAUUACAUUAAAGAACUUGAAUCUGACGUGAAGAUACCCUUCACAUCGUUUGACUUUGACUAUGAAUCUACUGUCAAAGCUUUGAAGCAAAGAGAAAAUGAGCUAACUCCAAGAGAAAGGAGAUACUUGGAAAGUAUUCAAUACUCGAAGGAAAAAGUUGAGGCCAAGCAAGUGACAAAAUAUUUCCAAGAGGUAGAACUUGUCCAACAAAUGAAUGGUGGAUAUGAUUGGAGGUUUUUCAAUGGUGUGAUCAAUGUCAAACAAAGAGAGUUGGUAAUAAUUCGACUUCUUCGGGCUUGGCUACAGUUCACCAGGAAUGCUGAGAUAACCACAUGGAUUGCACAUGGUACGCUCUUAUCCUGGCAUUUCAAUGGCUUGAAUUUCCCGUAUGAUACAGAUAUUGAUGUACAAAUGCCACUUUCAGAUUUACAUAAGCUUUCUCUUCACUAUAACCAAUCUGUUGUUGUGGAAGAUAUACAUGAAGGGUAUGGACGAUACUUCAUCGAUUGCGGAACUUGGAUAACCCUCCGUGAACAUGAGAAUGUUUUGAACAAUAUUGAUGCCAGAUUUAUAGAUAUUGAUACUGGGGUAUAUAUUGAUAUUACUGGCUUGGCUAUUUCGAAUGAAUGGCCCUCUGGUCCAUUUGUUCCGGCAAAAUAUCUCGAUCAAGAAAAUGUAUUGUCGAAGAACGCAAAGAGUUUGAAUAAGAAACUCCAACUUGUGAGUUGUAGGAACCGACACACCCUGAGAUAUAAGUCCUUAACCCCAUUAAGAAAGACUACUAUAGCUGGGGAAAUAGGAUAUGUUCCUGGAAAUAUCAAUGAACAGUUAGAUAUGGAGUAUGGGAAUAAUGCAGUUCUGAUGAAUUCAUUCCAAGAGUAUUACUAUAUCACCAAACUUCGACUUUGGAUAAGGAAAUAUGAUUUACAAGAGUUUUUAAAAGACCCGAGUGCAUGGAGAAUAACAAAUAGAGAAAGGAUCAAUAAUAGAAAACCAGGUACCACGGCAUUUCUUAAAGAGCUUGAAGAAGAGUAUUCCAAAAAGUCCAACAGAGAGUUGACUAACAAUGAGAUUGGUAUUAUAGAGAAUUUGUCUAAUGAUCAAAUCCUAAAUCUACUUGCUAACAACGACAUAUUGGGGGACUUUGUUUCGACCAGAGACCUCACUGCAUUUCACGUCGAAGAGCUCAAAGAUAUUUAUCAUGGGAGAUCAACUUCCAAGGCAUUGACAAAUUUGCAACCAUUCAAAGCAUCGAAGCCUGAUUUGUUCACAUACAAGGUACAGGUUGAAAAGUUUGAUUUCAAUUGGGCUAACCAGAGGUUGCAACAGCUCAUCGAGGAGGUACAUCCUAGAGAAGAACUACCUAAAUAA